AUGAAAUGUGCGUAUGAAAUGGCUAUGGAGCCGACAAUGCCGCAUCGCCAUUUUAACGUGUUGAUAAAAUGUGUAAAAGCCAACGGUGUUCGACUUAUCGAGAGAACCGAGAAUGGAAGAACGGGACGGGAAUUCAUCCACUGUAUUGCUGAAGCUGUUCAAGAAAAGUGUGCAGUCAUCCUGGCCAGCACAGAUUUCUUCUCAAUUUUAAGCGACGGAAGUCAAGCCCGCAAAACAAAAUCAGAGAAGGAACUUGUCCUAAUUCGCACAGAGAGAAAUGGCAUACCGGUGUACAUAGUGGCAAGCCUCCUUAAAAUGGAGAAAUUCGGUGGUGGAAGCGCUGAUGCAAUUGUCAAAGGCAUUAACAGCUUAUUUGAAGAAACUGCACAAUAUGAGUUGCCAACCGAAGCGUACCGAGGGAAACUUGUAAGCUGUACUGCGGAUGGUGCGAGUGUCAACACUGGGAAAUAUCGUGGAGUUCUCACGCAACUGAAACGUGAUCGACCAUGGUUGUUAACUAUCCAUUGUGCAAACCACCGGAUCGAACUUGCAGUGAAGUCGUCUUUGAACAUCGCAGAAUUUGAAGCUGUGGAGGAAUUUUAUAGAACAAACUAUCAACUUUUAAAGAACUCUGGUAAGAUUAAAGCGCAAGUUGCUGAAUGUGCACGAAACCUUGGAAUCCAUUAUUACCAACUGCCUAAGAUCCACGGUACUCGUUUCGUGAAUCAUCGCCGUCGAGGUUUCAAGAAUUUACUUGAAACGUGGCCAGCCUACACCCUGGCCUACGAGAAUGCAGUGGCUGACACCCAAGGAGGGACAGCCAACACACGUGCCAAGAUUAGUGGCCUGUUGAAGAAGUUCAAAUCGUAUUCCUUCAUGUGCUCCGUCGACGUGUAUUUGGACUUACUGGAACAACUUGCCCCAACGUCCAUGGUAUUUGAAGCGGAUACCCUUAUGCCAUACGAAGUUUCGUCGGCUGUAACCAGAACCAUUUUGCAGCUGCGUGAAAAAGAAGAUGAAAUCGGAAAAGAAGGAGAGUUCCUUGAUAGUUAUGCUGCUCGAUACCAUAUUACGGAGGACGGUGUUGCCAAAGGCCAGUUCGUGAAGGCAGGACACAAGAAGAAAAAGAAGCAGAACCGAGAAUAUGUUACAGUCGAGUUCCAAAUGAAUGGCUUUGACAGGGAUCAAUGUUUGGAAAAGGUGCGUAACAUUAAGAAGAAAGUAAUUCCUGUGGUUAUUGCGACUUUGAAAGAUCGCUUCGCGUCGUAUGAUGAUGAGAUCUUUUCCAAAAUGCAGUGGAUCGACCCGGCCUUUUGGACCUCAGAUAAAGAAUUUGGAAUUGAAGACAUCCUGAGCCUCGCUAGUCACUUUGAAGAGCCUCUGUCACUCGCAUCUUUUGAUACUUCCCGUGCCUUGAAGGAGUGGAAAAGCUUCAAGAUUUUUGUUAGAAGCCACUACUCGAAAUUGCCUGAAGCGAAAACUUUGUGGCAGUCAGUCUUAUGCAAUCGUCGCCAAGAAUUUCCGAAUCUCUGCAAAUUAGCUAGCCUUAUCGUAAGCAUUUCUGGCUCAAAUUCGUCCAUUGAACGAACAUUCAGCGUUGUCACAAACAUCUUGUCGGAUAAACGCCUUUCUAUGCACCACAACACCAUUAAUGAGGCCUUGGUUGUUUAUGGAAACGACAGCUUGUGGAGCACAGAAGAAAGAUAG